AGUGACUUGCCAUCCACAGCCCUAAACCAACCCCUCUCACUUCACUUUCUUCAAGACUUCUCUCUCCCAUGCUUGAUGCUCAAGACUUUUGUUGCACCAUAAUUCUAUAAACAAUAUCUACAGCACCCUCAUCUACCAUAUUCCACACAUGGAUGAUUCUUCUUCUGCAGCUGAAGACACCAAGAGUUGUCCACGUGGUCACUGGCGACCCGCCGAAGAUGAAAAACUUCGUCAACUUGUUGAACAAUAUGGUGCCCAAAAUUGGAAUUCAAUUGCUGAAAAACUCCAAGGAAGAUCAGGGAAAAGUUGUAGGUUGAGAUGGUUCAAUCAGCUAGAUCCAAGAAUUAACAGAAGACCUUUCACAGAAGAGGAAGAAGAGAGACUACUUGCGGCUCAUCGGAUUCACGGAAACAAAUGGGCACUAAUAGCAAGACUUUUCCCUGGUAGAACUGAUAAUGCUGUGAAGAAUCAUUGGCAUGUUAUAAUGGCUAGAAAACAAAGGGAACAAUCCAAGUUAUGUGGCAAGAGAAGUUUUCAAGAAGUUUUUUCUAACUCCUCUAUACUUAAUUUCCCUUACACCACAAGAAUUGGAUAUGAGAAUGGAAGAUUCUAUGAUAAUACACCUUCUAGUUCUCUUGCCUCUUGGAAUUUUGCUUCUAUGUCAACAAAACCAAACACUACUACUGCUUCUACUAUUUUACCGGAUAAUUGCAUCACAAGAAAAGGAUCUAAUGUUUAUAAAGGCUCGGAUAGAUCAUUUCUCUACAGAAUCUGUCCAAAUCAAGCAUUCUCAUCACUUCCAAAUUACAAGAGGGUUGCUCCAAAUGCUUUUGGUUUUUUAAAUUCUUCUGAUGAUGGAAGGAUAAAGAAGGAUUUGGUGAGUAGUUUAUGUGAUAACUCAUCUACAUUAAUCACAAACUUAAAGUCUUCCAUGGAGAAAGAGCAAGAUCGCGAUGAGGUCGAAAUUGAGCAUCACAAAGAAGUUCCAUUCAUUGAUUUUCUUGGUGUUGGUGUCUCUUCAUCAUAAUAAUUAAACUCAUGAAGCAUUUAAAUAUAUAUUUAACUUCAUCUUAUUCAUAUCUAUACUUUAUAGUUUAGUUUUCUUUUCUAGUUAGCAAAUAGAAAAUUUAGUUAAUCUGCAUGAGGUCUUUCAAUUCAGAUAUAAGGAAGCUGAUGCUGCCUCAUUUUCUAAGGUUAAUUAUUUAGGAUUAGAGUGAAAACUUUACAGCUUUUUUUGUUUAGUUUUUUGUUUUUGUUUAGUUUUUUGUUUUUGUUUAGUCUUUGAGGGAUAAAGCUUUAAAUAUGGAUCAAAUGAAGGGUAGUGUGAGGAAUACAUUUGGUGCGAGCGUGUGGCUUGGAUCAUUCUCUAUGAAUAAGUAAGGUAUAUUGAAAAUUUGCAGACAUUCA